AUGAAGCUCAGUGGCAUAAUCGUAAAUAUUUUGAAGUGGGAUUUUUGGUUAAAAGACGGAAUUGCCCCCGUCUCUCACUCACUCUCUCUCUCCCGCGCGUCCCUCUCUCUCUCCUCUGGUUCGCGACCGCCACCACAGCCGGCCACGUUUUGGCUGGCCGUUCAUUCGUCCGGCCACCACUCGGGUUGGGACCGGUCCCAAAAUGACCGGCCUGACUCCGCCGUCCUACCCCACCUAUUCUCCGAUGUCAGCCGGCAGCGAUACCGCCGGAAAUUGCAGAAAAUCGGCCGGUUUUUACCCAGAUUUUCCGGAGCUCGUUCCGGCGAUUCCGGCCACCAAAUCUUGCGAUCAAGGAGGUCUGAUCUUCGAAUUGGAUUUCGGCCGGAUUUCGAGCAGAGAUUCCGGCCACUUCCGGUCAGAUUUUGGGGUAUGCCCAAGAACAAAAGUGGCUCAGAAUAUGGUUUUACAUCGAGGAUAGGAAGCUUGGCCGGCGGUUUGGAGUUUUCCGGCCGCCAGAAAUUACUUAAGGCACCCAUGCGCUGCCGGCGCGUGUGGCGGCGCGUGGGCUAG